UCCUCUUUUCUCUUUGUGCUUUUCUUCAGCAAGUCAUGGAGUGACCUUCUCUCUCUCCUGUCUGUUUUUUCUCUCUCCUUCCACCUUCCUUGCCCCCCUCCCUCUCCAUCUCCCUCCAUCUGCAGAUGUGGACGACAAGGCCUGAGGUUUUAGGAUAGCACAGAGCUUCUGCUGAGACGAGAAAACUCAGUGUACUGAGAGGAGAACAAAGAGGAGGAAGAGAAGGAGAGGCGCUGGCAUUACUUGAGAGAUGGAGUCUUUCUUGGCAGAUACCGAAGAAAUCGAGGACAUUCCAGGGAGGAAAAAGUCCAAGCUGAGGUCCCUGAAAACUCGUCUCUUUGGGAGGACAAAGAGAGCAGAUGGAGGGGAAAGCACCAAACUCAGCCAGUCUGCCAGUGACAUUACAGCAGGGAAGGGACUUGGAUCAGAUGAAGAUUUGAUGUGCUCCCAAAGGACACUGGGCUCUCGGGCAUUAUCACAUGACAGCAUCUUCCAGGCUGACCUGUUCCUGUCUGAUGCUGAGCCGGCCAGGGUCUCAUCCCAGGAGAAUGUUCACAGCAAGAUCAAAGCACUGCAGAUCAAGCUUCAGCAGCAGAAGUUGCAUUUGGGGCCGCCUCCUCUGGUUCUGCCAAUCAAACGCUCAGAGGACGCCGACAGCCGCUCAGAGGAUGAUGGUCGUCCUCACAGCCCUCCUGAGAGUUACAGGGCUGACACUGCAGCCCAUCCAGCCGUCAGCAAGGUCAUAUCUCAGCCAUCCUCUCACCCGCUGUCACCAAUUCUUAAACCUGCACCUACCAGAUCGGUGCCCCCCACUCCAUCUCUCUCCUCGCCUCUUUCUGCACUCUCCACGUCCACUCCUUCUGCUGCUGUCGAUCCUCUGGACCUGAGCUCUCCAGCCCAGUUCACCCCCUGCCUAGAUUCCUCUGCUGCUCGCCACCGUAUGUCUGUCAAGCCCAGAAACCAGAGGGCCAGCACUAAGGGAAAGAGGCUUGCUGCAACUGAACCUCGGCCUCACACCCUUAACAAUAUUGAUCACCCAGUGUCUGAGAGGGAGGAAGAGAAAAGGCUCACUGCUCAAGAGGAGACAACACGUUUGUAUUCCCACUCCACCCAGAUCUUGGAAACAGGACAAGGACGGGCCAAUAUUACGUCUCAGUGUCUUCCGUCCACAUCCUCAGAGCCUGCAUCAAUCACAGCAGAGCCCUCCGACUCACAGGGAGUCAUCAGAUCAGCCAGCCCAUCCCUCUCCCCUCAGCCCACCCAACAGGACCACUCACUUCCUGGGAGAGCUCCCUCUGUGGCUGCCCAGGUGCUUCCAGUUCAGCCUCACAGGCCUGGGGAUGUAAUGUUCAGUCAACCACCACACUUGUCCUUGAUCCAGACAGAUUUGAAAGAAACUAGAGAGGGCUCUCGAGACUUUGAGGUGCAGAUCACGUCCCAUGACAAGAGGGAUAUGCUAAGCAAGGCUGGAAUGACUGAUAAAAAAUCUAACAGAGAUCACAGCUCUAAAGAAGCUGGUGUGCCCUCCAGCCAGCUCUCAGGUAGCUUAGGUUCAGCGGUGGCUUUCAAAUCUUCCUCUGUUCGCCAGCAGGCUCAAUGUCAGACAGAAGCCACAGCAGGAAUAAAUACACCGGCCCAGGUCCAGCCCACGUCCUUCCACAUCUCUGUCACUACUGCCAGAUGCCGAGAUGGAGAGAGACCCCGAUCAGCAAGUUUUGUAGGAAAAGUGGAUCAGGCUGGAGCCAUCCUGAAGUCAGGAGGGGAAACGGAGGUUAAGUUACUCCCUUCAAACAUGAACCAGAGGGGGAAAGAGUUACAGAUAGACAGACAGGAGAACAAACUGAGAGACUUAAAACCCCAAGGAGGAUCUGCUGCUGUGGGAGCACCUAGGGAGGAAGGGGCUCCACAUAAAAGCCCAGGGUUUCUGUGGGACAAGAGGGAUAGCCUCAAAAAGGGAGAGCCAGUAUUACAAUCUAAACAAGCAACCAUGAAUACAGGUUUGAUCGAGGGCAAGGAGGUGGAGGACAGCCAGGACUUUGUGGAAGAAGCUGUAGAAGCAAUGGAGAUCCAGGAGGAAGAGGAAAAGACAACGUUUGGUGUCAAACUACGCUCCACAUCUCUGUCUUUGAAAUUUCGGUCUGAUGCAAGCGCUACCCGUUCUGAUUCUAAGGUUAAGCGACAUAGUACAGAGAUGGGCUCGUUGAACCCCCCAGUCUCUCACAACCUCUCUUCAAAGUCUGUGUCGCCAGAAGAGCAAUCUGACAAACAGAAAAGAGAGGAAAUAGGUGAAAAUGUAGAUACGUCUAAAAAACGGACUGCAAACAUUCCUUGUAUCCCAGCCACUGCUGGGCACACCAGACAGACAGAUGGACCUCCAACCCACUCUGGUUUCUCAGCCAUCCUGGUCAAACAUAAUACACCAGCUGCCAAUGAUCGUUCCCUGGCUAUAGACAAUCAAACAGUCUCCUCGAUCCCCAAGGACAUAAACACAGCCCCCUCAGGCCCUCAAGAGCCCCAGACGGCGCCUCAGACAGCUCCAUCUGAGGUGUCCUGGAUGAGUCUGGCAAUGGAAAAGACCAGAAGCCUGCAGCAGCUCUUCACCAGUAGGUUACCCAGAGAUUUCACAGGCAUGCAGACUGCUGCUCGACCACAGGCCCAAGUGCAGCCAACAAACCAAGGGCAGGCUGUGACACAAUCACAUCUGCAGAAGGUGAUGCAAUCAGAGACACAGACUGAGACACAAAUACAAGCGCAGACUGUAAAAACACAACAGAGCAAACCACAACUACAGACAUUAAUAGAGACAGCCAAACCACCAAUGAUCCAAAGUGCAAGUCCAGCACAGACUGCCAAACCAUCACUAACUACAGUACAACAAAGGAUAUCAUCACUAUCCACCAAUCAGUUAUACACAUCUAAAGUCUCGCAGGUGUCAAAACAACCCAAUGAGCUCUCAUCACAGCCAAACACAACUCAACCACUUACACAGUCUGGCUUGAAUUCUGCUUCUCAUCCACCCAUCCACACCAACUUAUGGACAACCCAAUCUCCCUUGCGCUCUUCUCCACAAAUGGAAGCCACACCUCCACAUGCACAAGCAGCUGCUACUCAGUCCCUUGCCAAAUCUCAUCUCUCCUCAGGCCAACAUCCCACUCCCCAGCAACCACCCUGGAACAAUCGAGGUCUUCACUCUGCCAGCCAGCCCAAAGCCAUAACCACAGCUCAGGCCUCAUUUUCAGUUUCUAGCCCCUCACCAGCUUCAGCUCCAACUCCUCUUUCAGCCGCAGGAGGAAGAGAAAGAACUGCCACCUUCCAGGGAAAAGAAGGGCCAUCCCUAUCAGAGAGGCGGGCAGUUUGGUCUGGGCCAGUGGGGGAAAAGGCUGCUUUCUUAGAGAAACGGACAGAAUGGACUGCUCCAUCUGGAACCAAGGUCGAACUGCAGAAAACCCAAACAGAAACACGGGCACCAGCUGAAUCCCCAGCUUUACACAAUACCACACCUUCAAGCAAAGACACAAAAUCUGAGGGAAAGCCAGGGGUAAAACUUGCAGAGUCAAGCCCCACCAAAGUUCCAGGUAGGCUUGCUGAUCGCGAGGACAAAUGGCUGAGAAAAAACCUGCCGUCUUCAUCACCGACGUCAUCCUCCCCUCUACAGUCCAUGUCUGAUAGUGGCCAGCCCUCCUGGAUGGAGCUGGCAAAGAGAAAGUCAAUGGCCUGGAGUGAUAAGACAAUGGACUAACAAUAACAAUAGAUCUACAGUAGAGGCUGCUGGCUUAUACUUCUGAGGGAUUUUUCUGAAAACGCCUAAUUUUAUUAUAAUCCUCCACUACCAACUAAUCUUAUCUACAUUCAGUAUAAUACUAUGGGUAUUUAUGAAUUAUGUUUUUCACUCUGUGAUUCAACCUCUCAGUGCUGUUUUAGCUAAAUGUUUAUGUUAAAUAAUAACAUUUCAAAAGUUGAGUCAGUGUUUGUCUCAGUAGUCUAGUGCCUUAAUGUAAACUGGCUACCCAUUAAGUGAAGAUAUUAAAUGACUGAAACUUUUGUUGCUGAAAAUAUAUAGUAAUUGCCUUCUUAUUGGCUAAGAAAGAUUUUUAAGAAAAAAAAUCUAUCAUGGAGUGAAACUACCCUUGCAGUAUGACUUGGGUUGUUCUUAGA